GGAAAUAAUCUGCUGUAAACAAUAAUGGAAGGACGUGUGGAACAUGGACUUGCAAGAGUGUUAUCAAAGCAGGAUUUCGAUCCGGAUCAUUUUGUCAGUAAACAGACAGAGGGUGGAGAAGAUCAGUUGUUGGACAUGAAACAAAAGGUCCAGAUAUUAUCCGAUGAGACAGCUCAUGCUCUGAAACAUAAUGUAUACAAAAAUUACUCACAGUUCAUAGAAACUGCCAAGGAAAUUUCUAUUUUGGAAGGAGAGAUGUACCAGCUGAGUCACAUUCUGACAGAAGAGAAAAGUUUGAUGUCAUCCAUGAUGGAAAUGUCACUAGUUAGUGAUAAAGCUAUUGUUGAGCAACCCAAAGAACAAACCCAAGAGAAUCCAGAGGAAGAUACCAGGAAAAAUCUGGCAUUUCUGUUGGAGAAAGUUGAAGGCUGUUCUAGUGUAACAGAAGUUCCAGGACGACAUUUGAUACACAAUGGAGAUUUAGCCGAGCUGGAUGCUGAAUCAUUCACACAGAUACAGAAGGUCCAUGCCUUCCUUCUGAAUGACAGUCUGAUGAUAGCUACAUGGCUUCCCAAUAGGAGAGGUCCAGUUAGAUACAGGUUCCAGGGUUUAUAUGAGUUGGACAGUCUAGCUAUAGUUAAUGUUAGAGAUGCUGGACCUAUAAAGAAUGCAUUUAAAAUUUUGAUGUUUCCUGAUGCUAAAAUGUAUCAAGCUGAUGGAGCUAAAGCAAAGAGGCAUUGGUUAGACAUACUAGAAGAAACGAAGAAAGCUAAAGCUUCCAGAGAUAAACAAAAGAAAGAGGCAGCAAUACUGUUAGCUGAACAACAGGCACAUACUCCUGAAGAGGAGAGAAAAUCAUUUCCAAUUGAGGACGAUAGUGAAACUAUGGUUGCCAUAGAAACAGAUUGUUUAAAUGCUGAUUGGAUACAAGAACUACCAGAAGAUCUAGAUAUGUGUAUAGCUCAGAGAGACUUUGAAGGAGCAGUAGAUUUAGUUGAGAAAGUAAAUGAAUAUUUGAAAGACUGUCCAAAAGUACCAGUAGUUAAGGAAUUCAGAUCCAGAAUAGACAACAGAAUCAAACAAUUGACAGAGGGUCUUAUGGGGGAAUUACAGGUAUCCCCAGAGAGGUCACUGAGGGGUGGACCUAGAGCUGCCAGGAGAGCUGUAACACAGUUGAUCAGAUUGGGAAAGUCAGCUCAGGCAUGUGAUUUAUUCCUGAAGAACCGUAGUGCUAUCAUCAAGUACAACAUUCGUCAGUUAAAGUUUGAAGGAGCUACGACCCUGUACAUCAGGAGAUUAUGUGACGUGUUCUUCCCAUGUUUGUCAGAGACAGGAAAGGAGUUUACAAAGGCAUUCCAAGAUCAUUAUGGUUGUAUGUCUGCAUUUGUGGUGUGGGCCAAGGAAGAGUUAGAAAUGUGUGUCAAUACAUUCAACAGACAUGUGUUUGGCGGCAAGUCAACAUUAACAGUUAUAUCAGAAUGUGUACAGACAGCCAGACAACAUUGUGAUGAACAGCUGUGUAGUAUCGGUUUUGAUGUAUCAUUUGUGUUUGAGGACACAAUUACACCAGAGUUGGAGAGAGUUGUUCAAGAAAAUAGAGAACAGAUGAUUGAAGGAAUAAAAUAUAGGGGAAAUGAUGAUAAAUGGAGGAAAAUGAAUCAUUUAAAAGAAAAGGAAUGCAGCAGAUUCCUGGAAGAGAUGAUGUCUGUAGGUUUGGACCUGAAACCUUAUGUAGAAAGUGAUUGUUUUGUGGCACUUACAAUGAAUACAGCUCAGUUUGCAAAGAUUUGUAUGACAAUGACGAAAGAUUUGUUGACAUUACACACCUUGGAGUUAUCUCCCCUCAUCACAGAUACAAUAACUGAAGUAUUUAAAGCACAACUGUUACAUUUUGAGGAUAGUUUGAAAAACCCAGAUUUUAAAACAGAGCACAAGUUUAUAUUGAAGAAUGCCAAAUAUGUCCUGGAGACCUUAAUGAAGAAAGUGGAAGAACAAUUUAAAACCAGAUCAAUAUCAUUCCCAAAACAGUUAGUGUCGGUCAGUGGAAAGUACAAGAAACUAGAAUCACUUUCAAAAUCAUCUGGUAGCUGAAUUUGAAGUACCAUAAUUAAGAUAUACAGAACCAAUAUUUAUUGUACCAUGUGAAAAUUACUGUCAUAGUGACCAACAUAAUAGUUUAAAAUCCUGAAAUGGAAAACUAUAUUAAUGUACAUAUAACAGUUCUUAUAUCAGUUGUGGUGAUAAAAACACAGAUUUUACCAUAAUUCACAAAUUCUAGCUUUUGUUUAUGUAUUAUAGCUUGAUUUUGUGGUAAUUUUGUUUAUUUCAUGUUUGCAAAAAAUACCAUGAACAUUUUUUAAAUUACAUGAACGGUAAUUUCUAUGGACAUGUUGAAAAUUGUUGCAAAAUCACAAAUACUGAUGUACAUGUAUAUUAUUAUGUCUUUUUUAAUGUUCAAAUCCAACUAAGUAUGACCAAAUUUGCUGCAAUUUUAUCUGUAGGUGUAACAAAUUUAAGUGAAGUAACCAUACCUUUUUUGUGGUAUUAAAUCUUCACUAAUUGAGUACAAAUAUUACAAACACACAUUAAACAAAAUCUUAAUGUAUCGUCCCAAAUUAAAGAAGGCAUUUGUUAUACAAAGAAAAUAAAACCAAGAGGAUUUAAUUUAUGUAUAUAACAUAUUUUAUAAUUUAUAGUAUUUUUCAUUUAUUUUGAUAUGUAAAGUGCAAUACUUGUUUUUAUUUUGUUAUUUAAUAUUAAUUAAAGAUAUUAUAUGAAGAA